GAUUAUUGAAGAUAAAAAAGGAAGAAAAGGAGUACAAGUGUAGAAGCAUUAUCAUUCAUCACAGUGGAAGAUGCCGACGCGUUGUGAAAUAUGCUGCGAGAUAAUGAUCGCGAUCUUGCUUCCUCCAAUCGGAGUUUGCUUUCGCCACGGCUGUUGCAGCGUUGAAUUCAUCAUCUGUUUGCUCCUCACAAUUCUAGGUUAUAUUCCUGGCAUCAUUUAUGCUCUCUAUGCCAUUAUCUUCGUUGAUCGUGACCAGUACUUUGAUGAAUACAGGCGUCCUCUCUAUACGCAAUACUGAUAGUUUAAGUUCGAAUGCAUUAUUGAUGUUCAUGUCUUGCCCGUGUGCGUAACUUCUGCAAAUUUAAGUUAACGUGCUUAUGGUUUUGUAAUUGAAAUUGAAAUUGCUUAUGGUUUGUAGAAUCUAUUGUUUUUGCUCUUGAAACUUCCACAAUUUUUAUGCAAUCAGGAUUCUUCUGUGA